AUGACCUCUUUAUCAUAUGUUGAGCCUAAAGGAAUGUACAUGCGACAUGCUGUGGAUAUCAAUAACCGUUGUUCAGGAUUCGCGCACGCUGUUCAUGGCGCUGCCCAGAAGAAACAGGGUCAGCCCGCGAAGGCACGCAAUGCAUUGGCCAACCAACUAAUCAACCAGCCAGCCACCCCGGUCAAGCAGUCUGAGCGUCUCUGUUCAGUGUCAUGCUGCCCCUCUUUCUGCGCAAAUCUCGACCUCUCUGUUGAUCUGAGUUUUGGCGCGAUAGCACCGUAA